AUGACAGGCAGAAAGACCAACAUAGCGGCAUCAGCCCACAUUGAAGACCAGCACGGGGAACCAGAAACACAAGAUGCCUGGGAAACAACACUCGAAGAAGCCCAAGCAGCCAAUAUAAACGAGCAUAACAUGACCGCCCGCCAGGCCCUGCGAUCCUACCCCUGGGCCGUAGUCUGGUCGCUCACGGUCUCCAUGUCGAUCAUCAUGGAAGGCUACGACACGAACCUCAUCGGCAGUUUCUAUGGAUAUCCAGCCUUCCAGAAACAGUUCGGAGUCGAGCAUGGCGACGGCUACCAGGUCCCGCAGUCGUGGCAAUCGGCUCUCGGAGCAGGUGGAACCGCUGGGUGCAUUAUCGGGGCAUCCUUGAACGGAUAUUUGGUUAAGUACUUUGGGUUCAAGAAAGUGUUUACGGCUGCCAUGUUGGUUAUGUGUGCGUUUAUCUCUGUAUCGUUUUUUGGGCAUACCGUGGGAUUACAGGUGGCUGGGCAGGUACUUUGUGGUAUUCCGUGGGGUAUUUUUGCCACGAUUGGGCCGGCGUAUUCUUCGGAGUUAUUGCCCAUGGCUUUGCGCUCUUAUCUUACGGCGUAUACGAACAUGUGUUUUGCCAUUGGCCAGCUUAUUAGUGCUGGUGUGCUGCAGAGUCUCCUAACUAGCGAUGACCAGUGGUCCUAUCGCAUCCCGUAUGCAGUGCAGUGGAUUUGGCCAGUAUCGCUUCUUUUUAUCGGGUUCCUCAUGCCGGAGUCUCCCUGGUGGCAGGUCCGCAAUGGGCAGUACGAUAACGCCUUGUGGACUGUACAGCGCCUAACUAGUGGAGAGGAAAAGCCCAAAGCAAGACAGACCGUAGCGAUGAUGAUUCAUACGAACGGAAUCGAGCGGGAGAUCGAAGCCGGUAGCUCCUACUGGGAUUGCUUCCGCGGCAGCAAUCUCCGGCGAACAGAAAUAAGCUGCAUGAGUUUCACCGGCCAAGUGCUCGCCGGCAGCCAGUUUGCCUAUACGGGGACCUACUUCUUCGAGCAAGCGGGAAUGAGUCCGGCCGACGCAUACAAACUCGGCCUAGGCGGGGCGACAGUUGCCUUCGUCGGAACGAUUCUUUCGUGGUUCUUGAUGAAGAAUCUCGGCCGUCGAGCAAUGUACCUCGGCGGUAUGGGACUGAUGUCUAGUUACCUUCUCAUCAUCGGCUUUCUAACGCUAGCCAAGUCGAAUAACAGUGUCGUGUGGGCUCAAUCCGCACUUUGCAUCGUCUGGCUGUUUACCUUCAGUUUGACAGUAGGACCGAUGGGCUGGAGUAUAGCCCCCGAGGUGUCGUCUACGCGACUGCGUUCCAAGACAAUCUGCCUCGCGCGCAAUGCGUAUUACAUCGCAAUAACGGUGGGUGAUGUUAUCGAACCGUACAUGAUGAACCCAGCUGCUUGGGACUGGCGAGGUAAGACGGGGUUCUUCUGGUUUGCUUUUGCAUUCAUGACCUUCGUUUGGGGGUACUUCCGACUUCCUGAGACGAAGGGUAGGUCUUUCGAGGAAUUAGAUAUUAUGUUCGCGGCGCGUGUACCUACGAGGAGAUUCAAGAAAUUCUAUGUGGACCCUUAUGCGGAGAAUGUAGCUAUCAAGGAUCGGGCAAAGGAAAGCCCAUUAUGUGUAUGA